CGGCAGCAGCAACAGCAGCCGCUUUCACACGGAGCCAUUCAGGAGCAAGAGUCGCAGCAGCGUGGAAGCAGCCGCCGCAGCUCCGCGGGGCAGGGGACGCCGUCCGCGUCGAGCGGCCGCCGCAAUCGCAACCCCUCACAAAAGCCUCCGGGGAAGGCGGAGGGGGAGGGGAGAAGCGCCUGGAGCGGAGGGGCGACCCCGAAAUCCGGAGCGCCAGGCAGGAUGCGGGCUGGAGCGGCGGCCGACGCACUUUGCAGAAACUCCUUCUGCUCGCCGCGCCCGGCGGCUGCGAAUGCAGCGAGGCUGAGGCGAGCGAGAGCCUCGCUGCUCUGACGGGGAUGGCUCCGAGUCGACGGGGGGCGGGCUGGAGGGGCCGCGGGGUCUUCGGCUCCCACCUGCCGGGCUGCAAAGUUUCUCCCGGAUUUCUCUCUGGGCUCCGAGGAACUUGCCUGCAGUUCUGACCUCCCCCCCCCCAUUUUCCCCGGAGCCGAUGCUGCUAUAGGGAACCUUCUCCUGGAUAGCCAGCCAUGAUCGCCACUGGAGGCCUCUUGAGGAUCUCAGCCAGAAAACAGGAUCCCUUGCGGCCUCAGGGCCAAGUCUCCAAACACAAGCGCAAAGCAAAAAAAAAACUCAAGAAUGAUGUGGUGGUGGUGAAGGGCAAGCUCAAAAUCUGCUCCCUCUCUGGCCUCAUUGCUGUCUGUGGCAUUCUAGUGCUGUUUGUGGGGAUUGCCUUGGCUGUGGUUGGCUAUUGGCCCAAACCCCUUUAUAGGACAGGGGGCCUUGGCCAUAGCCCAUUAUUGCAAUCAUAUGGGAAUGCCCCUGAAAGCCACAACAAGAACCACACACAAGAAACCAGAGAAUCUUACCUAGAAAGCAUCAAUUCUUCUUUCUCUGGCAACCAGAAAGCACUUUCUCCAUCUUUACCUGCCCCCGCAUCACCCUCAACAAAUUUGCUUUUCCAUCUUUUCUCUAGAUAUUUGCAUUCAGACAAGCUCAAAGUGCUUGGGCCCCUCAUCAUGGGUAUUGGCAUCUUCUUGUUCAUUUGUGCCAAUGCAGUGCUGCAUGAGAAUCGUGACAAGAAGACUAAGGUUAUCAAUCUGAGGGACCUGUACUCCACUGUCAUAGAUGCACACAGUCUUCGGCCAAAGGAUGGGGCUCCCUCUGCUGUGACCUCGGUCCCAAUAAAUGGUUUUGUUAACUGUGUGCAAUCACGUGGGCUGGAGUUGAAACCUGGCAGCAGCUCAGGAGGAGAAACCUUAGGUGCCACUGCCAUGCUUAGCAAGAAUACCUGGCACCCAUCUGUGAGUGCACCCCUCUCCCCUCCUGACUUGGCUUCCUCACCUCGCUGCUUCCCCAAUUCUAGACAAGAGCAAAUACCCAGCUUGGCUGACGCCGUUUAUAGCAUCUAUAAAGAAAGAGCUGCAUUGGCCCAAAGCACCCGUAACCCAUCUUGUACCCCCACAGAUAGUUGGGACCAGCACAGCACUGCCAGUUCCAUUGUGGGCUCCUCACUGAGCACCUUCACAUUGCUACCACUGGCUCAGGGGGAAAUGGCUAGUGGAGACUAUGGUGACUGGCAGAGGCUGCUGGGUGAACGGGAUGGCCGAGAAAUUCCUCGGGGAGAAUUUGAACUUAGUCUAAAAGAUCUCAGAAGCAGUUACCUAGACACAGCGCAAGAACUGGCAGUGUUGCCCAGGAUGAACAAGCGUAAAGUAGUGCUUCGACGCCAGAGCACAAGCUGCCUCCCUGAUUCCAGGAGAUCCCUGUUCCCUGAGCCCUCUCAGACAUUGGGUAGUAGCACUGACCUUGACUCCAGUCUUUCAGCUAAAGCUUCAUCUUCCAGCUACUCCAGAUCCCUCGAUUUGGGGGAUUCUCAUCUGCCUACACCAUCUGUGGAUCAGAAAGGUUCCCAGAGCACUCAGUGUGAUCAGUACAGAAGCAAUAAGGGCUACACUCCACUGGAAGAGUCGGGCACCUCCUUGGAGUCUGUUGCCAAUACCCCAGCCCAUAAAGCACCUGAAGACUGUGAAGUCAGCUCCAGUGAGGAAAUUGGCUCCUCACAGAGCACCAGCAAGGAACAAAUAGAGCAGCAGCCUUUGAAAAUUCAGAGACAAUAUACAAAUAAAGAGAAACUUUUCAUGAUCUCCAGAUCAGAUGCCAUUGUUGGCCUGGAAGAUGCAGAUCUGGAAAACAUUGGCAUUUAAAAGUUGAAAUAAAUUGGAGACAAACAUCUAAGCAACUUGUAAACCUUCUGCCCCUUGUGGAUCUAGGAAACGGGCCAACAUCCAAAGAGUUGAAGUAGGUUAUCCUUGAAUUGCAUCAAUCAAUUCUUAUAAAAGUCUUCAGGAGAAGCACCUAACAGGUGUUUGUUUGCAUUGUAAGCCUCUUUUCUUUUCAAGCCAAAUUGUAGUCCACAAUGACUGUUCAGUAAAUUCAAUGGAAUAACAGGAAUAGAAUGUUUGACAAUAAUUGUGCACUUUACUGAUUUUUUAAAAUUCUAUUUACCCAUUUUCUUUCUAUCUGUUUUUGCUAUGGCAUACCUGCACACCCUUUCCCAAUCUUUAGAUAAAGGUGGUUUUCAAGCCAGCAAAAUGCAUCUCUCUUGUAAUGUUUUGUUAAUAUGGAACACUGUUUUCAAAGGAUUACAGGUAACAGCUGAAUACUAGGCAAAAGAUGGCAGGUAAAAACCUGCCCUGUUUUUAUUUCUGUAAUAGUAUUAUCAGAAGAAAAAAGGGGUAGCACUGUGGCCAGCCGAACAACCAGAUUCCUAAAUUCAAAUAAUGAGUACUUUAUUGAGUAUUAUUGCACAUGUAUCAAUUAACUGCAUUAAUAAUUAUUUUUAAAUAAAAUAU